AUGGUAUAUAAGAUACCAAAGAAAUCAUUUUUUUUAGCAUAAGAUGCUGUUUGUAUAGCAAAAGAAUUUUAAACGAAUUUGGUUGCGCUCUAAGAUUUGUAAACUGAUGAAAAUUACUAUAAACUGCUAUGCUCAAUAGAUUUGACUUCUUACUUAAGUUGUGUUCCAAAUUUAGCAGAAGCAAUAUUAAAAAAAAGUGAAGGAGAUUUAACAAUCAAAAUAGAUUUGAUACUCAAGAAGAUUAAAAAUUGGUAGGACUCUGAUAAUAAAAACAAUUUAAGCUAAUCUAUUGCUCGUUUAUUUUAAUCAAUUCUUUAAGUGUAAAGUUUGAAAUUAGAAAUGACACAAAAAAAGAUGCAAGAGUAUAUCAACAAUUAGCCCUAUGAAAAAGUAUCUAUUUUAGAAACUAUUACGUAUGCAUUAAAAAGAAUAAGCAAUCCAAUUUCCAUAGAAAAUGCUUUGAGAUCAUUCAAAAUAUACUUACAUUAUUAAGAAUUUAGAAAAAAAAGCGGGGAAAAUGAUUAUCCAGAAUUUCUAAAUCGUGGUGCUAUUAAAGAAGAAAGAAUUUUAAAACAAUGGGAAAAUCUAAUUUUUGCUUCAUUCAUUUCUAUUUAACACUUAUGUAAUAAUAACUCUGCUUACAUUAGAGUAAUUGACAUACUUCUAUUUAUUACUUAACUUGAUGACACCUUAAGACUAGAAAUUAUCAAAUAGAGUGGUAUUAGAAUUCUUCUCUUAAAAUUGAAGGAAGAUAAAAACUUAACUUCUGAUUCAGCAAGAAAAACUUUAACACUUUUAAGAGAUUUAUGUUACAAAGACUCAUCAGCUGCAAGUUUAUUAGGACAUCAUGAAAUUGAAGAAAAUAUGCUCAUAGUUUUGAGAAAAUUUAGAGGAGAUAGAGAAAUUGAGAAUUUGGUAAGUUAAACACUUGAAUAGACUAUCUUUGGUUUUGACUUAGAUAUCUAGAAUUUUAAUGAGAAUAUGAUGAAUGCUAUGUAAAAAUUAAAAGAGUAUGCAGCGAGUCCAAUUGAUAAAGAAGAUCUUGAAAAAGCACAAAAUAAUAUUUAAAUCAUUUAAUUCUACUCUUUGAUGCAAGUAUUUACAAGAAAGCUAAUCAGUUUAUAAGUUCAUGAUCUUCUGUAUGAAAUAAUUAGAAAAGAGCUAGAAUUGAAAUAAGAAAUUUUAAAUGAACAUCAAGUUUUCCUUGAGCACGAACGUAUUUUAGCUGAUUCACUAGUAAUUUUAAAAAAAGUAUUGCUACUACCAGAAAAUGCUUCAACAGAUAAAAAUGCUAAAGAAGAUGUCCCUAAAAAGCUAGUAAAUAACCUACUUCCAAAUUUAAUUUUAAUUAUUAAAUGGAAAACUGAUAUGAAAGAAGUUAUAGUGAAUUCUCUUGACUGCUUAAAGAUCUUCACUAAUAAUGAAAAUACUAAAUAAGGCUCAAUAAAAUUAGCUGUGCAGUCGAAUAUUCAAGAGCAACUUACAAUAUUAAAAGAUAUCUACAAAGAUGAUUAUAAAAUGGUUAAAACUAUAAAUAACUUAUACUUCCUUUUUGCUAAAGUUGUUGGUGAAUUUGCUAAUUCUCUUUAAAAAACAUCUAUGGUCAGCAAUCUUGUAAAGCUAUUCUAAUCAAAACAAGCUCAAAAUAAGACUGAAGUAAAAAGAAAUUUAGAGUAUUUAAAUAACUUAGCAGAAAUUCCAUCUACUGCAAAAACAAUCAUUGAAUAAGGUGGUAUAAAAUUCAUCUAAAAUUACUUGAAAGAAGAAAAUAAAGAUACAAAAAAAACUUUUUUAGCAGAAAGUGAAGGCAUAGAAGAACAUGUCUACAAUCUUGCUGAUGGAAAUGAUGAUUAGGAUGAAGAAGAAGAAAUACACGCAGAAAAUAGAGAAGAAGAGCUAAGAAAAGAAGAAUCUUAAUUAGAAACUUACAAUACUCAAGCUGGUUCAAAAGAACCUUCAAAUCCAGUAGAAAUCUUGCGCAAGUUGAUUUAAAAUCAUACAGAAGAACUCUAAAAGUUUAUUAAUCAAGAAAUCAUUCUCGAAGUUCUUAAAUAUUUAAGAUUACAAGCCCAAAACAAAGAUGCUGUUUUUGCUACAUUAAGAGUACUCUAAUCCUGUGCCGAAGAAGAAAAAACCCUCAUGAUUUUAAAUGAAAACAAAGCAUUAGAAAGCAUUUUUAUUGCUCUUAACUAACAUCCUACAGAUAAUGAUAUUUGCAGUCUAUCUGGUUUAAUUUUAGGUAAAUUAGGAGCAGAUUAGAUUGCUGAUGAGGUAAAAUCUUAAUACAAGGAAAUGGGAGAUACCUUUAACCCUAAAGAUGAAGAUAUGAUCGAAAGCAUUAGAUAAGCUAACAUUUAUUUAGGUAACCUUCUCACUUACACUCCUGAAGAUGAAAGUGAUGAAAUUAUUGAAAAAAAUAAAUCCGUCAUUUAGGCUCUUGAUAAAAUCAUGGUAAAAGGAUUGCCUUCUAACUUUAUGGUAUCUUUGCUCUUAUUAAUUAUGAGAUUAUGCAAUUAAGGAGAAUAAACUAAAUAAAUGCUAAGAGAAAGUGGCAUUCCAAAGAAGAUAAUUGAUUUUAUGUUUGAAGAAAGCAGAAAUUCUGAAUCUGGUAGAUUAGUUGAAUUUUGUAUGGAAGACUUAUACUCUAUGAUAGGAGGUAGCUCAUCAGAAAAUCUUUUAAAUUGUCUUGACUCAUAAGAUGGAUAGGAAAUAGAAAUUGAAACUGAUGAAAUUAAAAAAGAAUACCUCUAACCAAUCGAUAAGCUUCUUAAUUCUUAGAAGGUUUUAGAGGUUAUUGUACAGCAAUUAACCUUUUUGCCUCGUGAAACAUUCAACACUUCAAAAUAAACUCAAGCUAAGAUUUACAGCCGUAUUUUACGUAGUUAGUAGCUUUUGGCUAGACUUAUUGAAUGUGACCAUGAAACAUUUGCUUAAUAGAUUUACCAAUUGAUUGGAGAAGAAAAAAUUAUUAGUCUUUGGAAUAAUCUUAUUUAAGAGGAUAGAUCAAUCCCUAUAAAGAGCACAGCAUUUUUUAAUCUUGGAAGAUUAGUUUCGAAUCUUGCAAAAUACAACUAAACUUUCUUCCUCAAAUUCUCUAGCUAAAAUUAAAUGAAUUAUGUGGUAGAAACUCUUUUGAAUGCAAAAAUUAACUAAGAUUUUAUAAACAAUUUGCAUGAAUAAAUUACUUUAAAGAAUACACUUUAGUUUAUUGAAAGAUUCUUAAACAAUUAAUUUGAUAAGACUAGAUUGGUAGAUGCUAAUAUUCCUUCAACAUCUUUUAAAAUAUUUUAACGUCUUACUUCUUUGAGCCAAGAGGAUUUUGAGUCUUCUGGACUCAUUUGCCUUCUUCUUAAGCAAACAAGUGAAAUAAUAGAACUUCAAAUAGAAGAUUCUAUUUUAGCAUAUGAUCUAUCAAAGUACAAUUUGAUAUCUUCUAUAAUUAAUUUCUUAUCUAAGUUUGCUACAGAAAACACAUCUUAAUAUUAGCGUGAGGAUGAUCCUUAAAAUACAGAAGAUAUUGUUGCAAGUGAAGGCUUAGUUGAGCGUGCUAUUGAAAGCUGUUAUAAGCUUUUAAACACAACUCUUAACUAAAAUAAAUUCUCAACAUAUGCUAGCAAAAUAUAUACAGAGAAUUCUCCAAUCGCAUUAGUUUCUUGCUAGUAUAAAAUUUCAGCCUAUGCCUUAACAAAAACUUUAUAAAUCCUAUAUGGUCUUAUUGUUUGCUAUGACAACACAACUGCUUUAAUGUUUAACGAACCCUUUGAAGAAAUCAGCAGCAACACUAAAUUCUCAAAAGAUAUUAAGUUAGCUCAAACAGUUGUAAAACAAUAUCCUAAAAUUCCUGUGCUAACAAUGCUGUUAAAAGAUCUUAAUUAAGUUUAGAGUUUAUUAUUAUCUGGCGACUUAAAGGGCCUGUAAAAAAUUAAAGACCAUAUAUAUGGAAAUCUGUUUAUUGAAGAAAAAAUAGAAGAAUAAAUGAAGGGAAUUGUAGAGAAGGUAGAGUAAUAUGCUGAAUAAAUUAAAUAAGAAGAAGUUAAAAAGAAUGAAUAAAAAGAAAUUAUGUUCGAAGAUAUUAAAAAUGAUGAUUUGUGGGAAUAAAAUUUAGCAAAUCCUGACACUGAUAUAAUAAAAAUAUUAGACAAGAUUUCUAUAGCAUUAGAAAAAUUCUCAAUGGAUGUUGCAAAUAACAAUUAUGUUGUUUCUAAAGAUUAAGAAAAUUUGAUAAUCAAGUUAUUACAAACUAUUAGAAGCAUAACAAUAGACGAUAAUACAGCUCUAAAAGUUCACAAAAUGGGAAUAACUGAUAAUCUUUUAAAUUUAUUAAUUGUUGUUGAAAGCUUUUUUGAUGAUUCGUUUGCCUACCAUAUUGGCAAUACACUUUCUCACUUAACUAAAUUCAUAAAGGCUCUCAAAAAGGUUGAGAAUGAAAUAGAUUUUAUUGAAAGCAUUAAAAUCUUUUUGUCAUUUAUAUUAGAAGAAAAUUCUAAAAACCCAAGUAUCUAGACCAUACAAAGAUAUAAAAAGACUGCUUUAGAAAUAUUAGAAACUUUAAAAAAUAUUACAGCAGUUGAGAGCUAAAUCAGAUAAUUUGUUACUAAUAAAGGAGUUGACUAAUGCAUCUAUCUUUUUGAAAAGUCUCUUGAUAUAAUAGAAAUCUUAAUUAAAGUAGUUGAUAUUCUUGAUAAACUUGCCUACUGCAACAAAGAUGCAUUAGAAUCUUGUGCUAAAAAAAUUACUCCUUAUAUAAAUGUUUACUGUGAAAAACACAGCAAGAAUGUUGAUUCCAUGUUAGGAUUUGCUCUUUUAGGAGGAACACUUUGCAGAAAUGAAAAUUCACAAAAUUUACUUGGUUCAGAUAAAUUCCACCUUACCAUAAUUAACGGCUUAAGUAGAUUCCCAAAUAAUAAGAUACUUGCUACAAAUAGUUUUUAUGCAUUGAGUGGUUUAGCUUAUAAUAAUAAAGCAAACUGUGCUGAAAUUAUGAAAACAGAUAUUUUAAAUAUUAUCAAGGAGUAAAUUAAAGAAUUUAUGGUUGAACACUAAGUCAUAGAAACUAUAUGUUCUUUGUUGUCAAACUUAACUUUUAAGAAUGAAGAUGUCAAGAGAAAAUUAGGUGAGGUAGGAAUCGUAGAUCUUCUUGGAAAAAUUUUCUCAUACUAUGCAAAUUAGAGAGUACUUAGUUCUAAAACAACAAAGCAAGUUUUAAGAGCAAUAGGAAACUCUUCCUUAACUAUUGAAAAUGCUACUCGUAUAGUAAAAUCUAAUUUUGUAGGAUUAAGUACAAUCAUUAUCGAAAAGAUGAAAUAUGAAGAAGAGGGAGAUGUUUUAAGGUAUUGUAUUGAUGUUAUUGGUAAUCUUUCUUCUCAUCAAGAUAGUAUUAAUAAUGAAAAUACUCAGCAAAUGUUCAAAGAUGGAGCUCUUGAUUUAAUUUUGAAAGUUAUCAAAAAGAACGAAUUAAAUACAGAUAUUAUUUCAAGUUGUAUUGAUGCCAUAGAUGGAUUAGUUUAAAAUAAAUUAAUUUCUGUAGUUGCUGCUGAGAAUGAUGCCGUUUCAGUCAUUAUGAAAAUUAUUAAAUCUCAAAUUUGGAAUGAAAAUACUGUUCUUAAAGGUACAAGAGUCUUGGCUAACAUAUCAAAUACUAAAUAAAAUAUCGAUUAGUUCUUAAAAAUAGAAAUGCCUUUGUUUAUUGGCUCAGUCCUUAAGAAUUUAGAUAAGCCUAAUGAUAAAAUUAUAAAUUAUUGUUUCAGAAUCCUUAACAGAAUAGCUAGUGAAAAGGCUAAAGAUAAAUAAUUAUUACAAAGUGGGCUUAUUGAAGCUCUAGGAGAAGGUCUCUCACACUCUUAAAUUAAUCCUGACUGUAUCUUCAAUUACAUCAGUCUUCUAAAAUCAAUAGCUAAAAUUCCUGAUGCAGUUUAAAUUAUUGGUGAAAAAUCAAUAGCAAAUGCUAUAUUGAGAGCUAAUGAAAAUAAAGGAAAUAAUGAAAUUCUAGGAAUUAGUAUAGUCCUUAUUGAAAGAGUGUUGAAAUGUAAGGCAGCUGUGAAUAAUAUAGUAGAAAGUGGAGGUUUUGAGAUAUUGAUACAUGUUAUCAAACUGUAAAAAACUGUAGAUGUCCAAUUAUGCAUUGCUGCACUAAAUUGCAUGAAUAUAAUCAUUGCUAUGGACGAAAAAUUCAGACAGCAAGCUUAAAGUUUUGAGUAGGAGCUAAAUUAGCUUAGAAGCAAAGCUAAAGACUCAAAGAUUGCAUAACAUAUUGAUUAAUGCAUAUUUGCUAUUCUAAAUAAAAAGGAAUCGGCAGAAAUAUCAAAAGAACUUAGAGCUUCCAUCAUAGAAAACUAAAAACUUACUUAAGAAUAAAAAGAAUUUUUGGUUUAAGGAGUUAAUGUUAGAUUGUAUAGAGCAGAAGGGUCAUUCAAAAAUGCUGUUGUUUGCUUAGACAAUGACUUGAAAAUAGUUUAUGCAUACAAAAGAGGAGGAGAAUAAAAGCCAAAAUACAAAUUUGCUCUUAGUGAAGUUACUGAUUAUAAAUUCAAUUACAUUGAAAAGAAUAAAGUUUGGGAGCUCUCUACCUUCUCCAGGGCUGGAGGAUUAUUUAUUAAAAAACCAAUCCCUGCUUAAUGCUGUAGUAUUUAUGGCCCAAGCUACAACAAUGAAAGAAAAAUGAUCUGCUUUGAGACUACUGAUGUAGCUACAAAAAUUAAAUUUUAGCAAGCUUUCUUGAUAGCAUUAGAUAUUGCGAAGGCCCAAGCAGACUCAACAUAUAAAGAAAAUUGA